AUGAAGACGGUGGUGACGAUGAUGAUGAAUGGCCCGGCAGCUCGAGCUGGCAGCGGGGUCUCACCAUCAUUAUGUUUAGUUCUGUGCGCACUCGUCUUUCUCCCCCUGUGCGCUCUCUCGCACCCGCAGCCGUGCCAGGUGCUGAAACGGAUCGGCCACACGGUCCGGGUCGGGGCUCUGCAUGUCCAGCCUCGCUUGCUCGCCACCACCCCCGCCGGCAGCGGUCCUGAGGACUGGGACAGCGAUCGAGGUUUGGUAGGGAGCGGGGAGCGGCUGCUGGAGUUGGAAAAGCAGGUUAAAACAAGUGCCAGUGCGCCUGGAUAUGGAAGCCUCAGGACCAGGGGCACCGCCAAUAGCCAGCGGGGAUCCAACAGGAGUAAGAGCCAGGCACGACAGCGGGAAGAGAACACCUCGAAGGAGAACCGCGUGUUCGCACCCCGCGACUCGGUCCUGCUCGCGGUCGAGGCUCUCAACCGGGCCGGAUUGCUGCCAUACAAUUUAUCCAUGGAGCUUGUCAUGGCAGUUGGGUCCGGACUCGGCGAGCUGCCCGCGUUCUCCUCCUCCUCUGCGGGCAGCCCCGAGAUCGAGGACCCGCUGUCCUUCGUGGAGAGCGUGUGUCACACCGUGGUCGUGCAGGGGGUGUCCGCCAUGAUCGCCUUUCCACGGAACCGGGACGAGUUUGUCAAGUUGGAGUUCGUGUCACUGGCGCUCCAGGUGCCAGUAGUCAGCGUUGUGCAGAGAGAAUUUACGCGCCAGAGUGAGAAUUCUCUCCAUUUCCAAAUGGCGAUGCGGACCGUGGAGGCCCCGCCAUCCCGUCUCCUCUAUUCCCUGCUGAUGAUGAAUGGCUGGUGGGACAUCAGUGUUGUGCUCUGUCAGGAAUGGGACAUUAGCGACUUCCUCGUCCUCAUCAAGAACAAUACCCGCUUUCACCUGGGCACUCUUGUCAAACUGACAACUGUCGCCUCAACCUCGCCACAGACUUCAUCUUCAUUAUCACACUCAGGAGUGGCAUCAGGUGUCGCAACAGGAGUGGAGGCAGCGUCGUCAUUGUCGUCUUUACCUUAUUUCUCCCCCGCUGCCUCAUCUCCUGCUUCUUCGUCCACUUCAUCCUCCAAAUCAGACCAGCAGCAAGCUCUCAUGCGGCAGCUGGAGGCCCUGAGAGAACCUUCUUCCACGACAGGAGUGGUGACAUUUGGGUGCGAGAUCCGUGAGGUUCGCCGUCUGUGGACACUGGCCACCCGGAUGAUGCUCCCAGAGUUUCACUGGGUUUUGGGGGACAGCCAGAAUGUGGCUGAGCUGAGAACAGAGGGGUUGCCUCUGGGGUUACUGGCACAUGGGGUCAUGGGGUCCCCUUCUCUGGAUCACUACGUCCAAGACUCAGUGGAGCUGGUCGCACGGGCGGUGGGCAGUGCAGCCCAACAAAAUCCUGCCCUGGCACUCAUACCUGGUACUACAAACUGUAUGGAUGUACAACAGAGUAACAGAAGCUCGGGGGAAUACUUGGCAAGAUUUCUAUCCAACACAUCAUUUGAGGGCCAGAGUGGUUUUAUAUCCAGAGACAGUCACAGCCAGAAUGUCAUCUCUGAGGCCCAUCACUACAUCUGGUCCCUCCAGCUGGACCCCCUAGGCCAGCCAACCUGGACCCGCCUGGGACGCUGGCGCAGGGGGAAAGUUCUGAUGGACCAGGGGGCCUGGCCAAGCCAUCAAGGUUCUGGGGUUGGAGGUGACUGGCGCCGAUCCACACGACUGCACAUGCGGGUGGUGACACUAGUGGAGCACCCGUUUGUAUUUACCCGUGAGGUGGAUGGGGAUGGGUUGUGUCCCGCAGGCCAGUUGUGCCUCGACCCGCUCACCAAUGACUCCUCGGUUUUGGAACGACUUUUCCAGAACCUUGCAGGACACAACAUAUCAGUUCCCACAGAGCACAAAAAGUGUUGUUAUGGUUACUGCGUUGACCUGCUGGAGAAGCUGGCAGAGGACAUGGGCUUCACUUUUGAUCUCUAUAUUGUAGGUGAUGGGAAGUAUGGGGGCUUCAAGAAUGGUCGCUGGACAGGAUUGGUGGGUGAUCUGCUCAGUGGCGCUGCCCACCUGGCAGUGACAUCUUUUAGCAUUAAUUCAGCCAGAAGCCAAGUCAUUGACUUCACCUCGCCCUUCUUCUCCACCAGCCUGGGAAUUCUGGUUCGUACUCGUGACACAGCUGCACCCAUCGGUGCCUUCAUGUGGCCUCUUCACUGGUCCAUGUGGCUCGGCAUCUUCGUCUCCCUCCAUGUCACUGCUGUCUUUCUCACCCUGUAUGAGUGGCACAGCCCCUUUGGCAUGACACCACGUGGACGCAACCGCGACCGGGUGUUCUCCUUCUCCUCAGCACUCAACGUGUGCUACGCUAUUCUCUUUGGAAGAACGGUGGCCAUCAAGCCACCGAAGUGUUGGACAGGCCGCCUGCUGAUGAACCUCUGGGCCAUCUUCUGUCUGUUCUGUUUGUCAACCUACACUGCUAAUCUAGCUGCUGUCAUGGUCGGGGAGAAGACCUAUGAACAACUGUCAGGGAUUCAUGACCCAAAGUUGCACCAUCCCUCUCAGGGAUUCAGAUUUGCCACAGUGAGAGAAAGCAGUGCAGAGGACUACCUCAAGAAGAGUUUCCCUGAGAUGCAUGAGUACAUGAGAAGAUAUAAUGUCCCUGCAACACCAGAUGGCAUACAUCAACUCAAGGCCGACCCUCAGCGGCUGGAUGCAUUCAUCAUGGACAAAGCUCUGCUGGACUAUGAGGUCUCCAUAGACGCCGACUGCAAAACACUAACAGUCGGAAAACCCUUUGCUAUAGAAGGCUAUGGGAUUGGCCUCCCUCAGAACUCUCCACUCACCUCCAACAUCUCAGAGCUUGUUAGUCAGUACAAGUCAGAUGGCUUCAUGGACAUGCUGCAUGACAAAUGGUACAAGGUUGUCCCCUGCGGGAAGCGCAGCUUCGCUGUCACUGAGACGCUGCAGAUGGGUAUAAAGCAUUUCUCCGGUCUGUUUGUGAUGCUCUGUGUGGGCGUGGCCUUAUCUCUACUGACCACAAUAGCAGAACAUAUCGUGUACAAGCUGGUGAUCCCGAGGGUGAAGGAACCGCGCUUCAAAUACUGGCUCCACACUAGCCAGAGAUUACACCGGGCCCUCAACUCAGUCUUCACUGAUGACAAACUACCGACUGUUACCAAGCCUGAGAAAAGGUGCAAUGAGGGAAACAACCAGUCAGCAUCUUGGAAUCCUGCAGAGUCCUCCCACUGCAACAGACGCAGGGUCCUUCCACAAGAGAUGCAAAAUGACCUGGAACGCCAAUCUUCCCAGGAUCUUCCUCUUCCACCACCCCCAUCUCCCCUUCCUCCCCAUUCUCUUCCCCUUCUGGAGAAACACCUGCCAAUAGUGACCAACUCUAACGGUCGCUCUGACCUUUUAGGGCGGGUGCUAGGCCCAGGUCUUGGGCCAGGGCAGGGAGGCUCCGGGCAGGGCAUAACAUCGGGACAGUGCCGGGGUUUGGGUGCAGGCGACUGUGGCCCCGGUCUGGGUGUAGGCAAGAACCCGCUGGUUCAGGAGCUGUCAGAACUGGAGGGUCAAAUCCUUGUAAUCAAGCAGCAGCUGCAGUCAGCCAUGAGGAGGAAGAGAGAGCUAGAACAGUACCAAUCAGAAAACCAGCAAGCAAACCAGACUGCACCCUGUCAGCCCACUACUCACCAGUCUAACCAGUUUGGUCAGUAUACCCAGUCCCACCAGCAGACUAACCAACACACAAACACACUCCCGGAGUUUUAAAGCUUUCCUCUUUUGUUUUGCCCAGAGGAACCAGGAUAGAC